AUGUCGACUCCGAAGACUACUUUCUUCCACCUUGCGCGCGAGAUUCGAGAUCAUGUCUACGAGUUGGCGUACAUUGCGGAUGGAGACGAAGAAAUCAAGAUCACGUCGUUGAAAGCCUGGUGCGCUAAGGCUAGGGACCAACGAGCUGCGGUCAAGCGCGAAAAAGACCUGAUGGCAUCUAUGCCAUAUCUCGCUCCUCUACCAGCACAGCCACCCCUUCUACCACUGUCUCAGCUGUCCCCACCACUAUGCCCGCUAUUCGCCAUGCUCGUCAAUAAACAGUUCUAUCAGGAGGCUAUGGAGACCUACUUUCGCUGCAACACUGUGCAUUACGGCCGCUUCGAGUACAACUACCUCAUCUUUCGCUUCGGCGGUCUGAGCGACUACUGCCCAUUGAUCAAGACCUACCUCACCAAGCUCAAUGCCGAAUGGAAGAAUGACACUAUCGGGCAAAUCGGUCGCGAUCGAGGUCCAUCAGUUUUCAAGCACAUCAGCAAAUGGACUGGCGUACGUGAGCUCCGACUCGAAGUCGACGAUGAGGUCUUCGCAGCAUUCACGACACGUUUCGCCUGCUCUGAUACCUACACAGACGAGGACUUCGCACAGCUGGAUAACGUUCGUCGGAUGUGCAGCAUGCCCUCGCUCCAAAAUGUUAAGCUGACGCCAAAGGCUAGCGCUCUCGCGUCGACAAAGGAAGAGGAGAUGCACUGGCAGCACAACGUCACUGCGCUUGAGAACUACAUCAACAGCGUCCUCAAGGAGGCCCGGGACAAUGAGCAGGUCGAGGACAUCAGUGAGGAGUCGCCUCCUCGAGGCACUAAGCGCGGCGCAGAGGAUGAAUUGGACGGCAGAAAGGAGAAGAAGAAUAAGACGAAGCUGACCAUCAAGCUCAAGGCCGGCAAGCAGAUGGUGGCAGAUACAGAACGUUCUGACGCUGAAGAGCUUCGAGAGUUGAAGACUCAGGCUUGCACUAUUGGCAAUCAGCUGGCGGAGCUCCAUGACAAGUUCGAGUCGCUGCAGGACCGGAUCCGGACGAUGGAGGAGCGCUCUGGCGUUUAG